CUAAUAUACAUAAUAUUAAUAUUAAAGCUUAGAAUAUUUGAUGUACAUAUGUAUAAAUUUCAGGAAGAAUUAUUUAUAAAACGAAUUAAUGCGUCAAAAAAUCAUAAUUUCUUUAAUGCCAUUUUCAAAUUUGAUAUUGUGGAAAAUAUAAUCUCACGUUUACAAGACAAUAAUGGUCCUAACAUGAUUCAUUAUGGACUUUUCUCUUCCAGCUUGGCAGAUACUAUGAUAAAAUAUUCCUUGAAUCGAUUAAUUAUUACAUUUUCACAUACCAAGUGGAAAUCAAAUAUUUACGGUUCAACAAACUUUAUGUCUGACAUACCUUCUGGUAUAAGUGUGUUUGCGCAAUUUAGAUCUAAUGUAGAUAUCGAAACAGAAUGGGAAUCCUUGACAAAUUUAUUAUCAGGUAUGCUUUGCACAUCUAUAGGCACAUCAGCCCGUUAUUAUACAAUUGAUCCAAGCGAUUUUAUCAAUGAUUCUUCCGGCCAAAGUAUGAACAAAUGGGCUAUUAUACCUUUUGAAACAGUAUGUACAGAAAAUUUUGCUCCUUGGAAAAAAAUGUUACCUUGCAAAAAACAAGGUCUGAUUUAUCUUGUGAACGAGAUAGUUUGGUUCUCUAAGCAUUAUAUAGCUCUACGUAUAGACUUAACUUCUAAAAUAAAUCAAUUGUAUGAUGCAACUAUUUAUCAAAUAUCUUUCAACUCUACUCUUAAUUCAUUAACCACAGGAAUGGAUGUUCCUUCUUCUUUAUGUAUGAAAUACAAAUCAGAUAUCAAACAUUUGUUCUUACAUUUAUUUGGAAAAUUCUAUACUAAUGAUAAUUUUUGUUCCAUACCAUACAAUGCGUCCAUGUUACACUUUCUUAAUAUUGAUAAGAAUCAAAGUGAAAGUUCAAUUAAUAUUGCUGAUUUACUCAAUAUAUCUGAAAAUGGGAAAUUAAUUUUUUCUAAAUCAUCACAAUAUUUAUAUGAAAAUAUGUACAACAGUCAUAAAUAUCUUACAGGGUAUAGCCGACACAUGGCCACUCUAAAUGUAAUAAUAUCCAAAUUCACAUUUAACCAAGAUUUGACGAAUCUCAUAACAAUGAGUUAUUUGCAAAUAAUUCCUUUUUUCCUCAAAAUUUAUGUCUCUACUUUGAAAAUUCGUGCCAAACUGUCAAAUGGUACUAUUCAUGACUGUAAAGAUAUCAAGUUGACAUUAAAGAUGCCUAUAAAACAAAAAUCAAACAAUUAUCAACAAGAAGCCGCCUCUUUUUUACAAAUUUAUUUAUUUAAUAAACGACCUGGCAUAUUUGACCCACAAUGUUUUGAUUCAUUAAACGACAUAGAUAGAAUAACAAUUUCCAUGUCAAUUUUGUUUAAAUUAUUUGCGUGGCAUAAAUAUCCUCCAGAUAGUAAUCAUGGAUUUUAUAUCCCUGGGGGACUUUUGAAGUAUAAUUGUGAAAAUAAUAAAUCUGAUAAAAACGAAACGAGAGUUAUCGACAAAACUGUUUAUGAUGACGCAUUAUUAUUGUUGUUACCCACUCCAGAUUUUAGUAUGCCUUAUAACGUUUUAUGUAUAUCAUGCACCGUUUUAGCCCUCUCCUUCGGCACCAUAUUUAAUUAUUGUUCAAAAAUUUUUUUAAAAGGUGCAUUUGUAUAUGACCGAACAUCGUAGUGUGACAUUAUUUUACAACCAGUGAUUUAUGAAUUUAAAUUUUGUAUCAUAUUAUUUAUUAUAAUGAUAAAAAUAUUGGGCAGC